CUUGGAGUUUUCAUUAAGCCACCGUUUUCUGUUAUCGUAUUAAGGCGAGUUCUUAAAAAGAGCGUCAUUCUUUGAAAAAUUGACGGGACCUUCAUUGUCUCAAGAGUUCCCAUAGAAACGGAUGAAUUUCGAUUUAAUACCUUUAUUUGAAGAGUGUUUGCAUUUAAAGAGUGAAAUAUGUAGUAUUACAGCGUCCAUUUAAAAUAUGGAGAAAAAAUCAAGAACGGAAAGUGCAGAAGAAAAUUCGACAUUGCCCUUAUGUAAAGACUUAUUAGAUGAAAAAAGAUGGAAGACUGUGACUAAUGAUUCAUUUGUACCACCAAAAUUUGUAAAUGAACGCAUGAUUGUAGGUCGCCGCAGAGAAUUAGUGAAGAAAUUUUUUGAUCUUCAUGUAUCACAGCAAAUAUAUAAAGAACUGACAGCAGAUCCACCAAUUGAACCUUUGUUACCUACAGAAUAUGUAGAUAAAUAUUGUGAUUCAGAAUUUAUUCCAAUUUUGGAUCGUUUUCAAUACAAUACUGAAAAAUAUUUAAAAUAUCCAUUAUAUGGUGGAGCAAUUAAUACUUAUUAUAAACAGCAAUUAGAUAAAGGAUAUUUAAAGGCUCGUGCUGAAAUAUAUAACUUUAACGAACCUUUUCGCAAAACCAGUUUUUUCACGACACCACCAGAUCUCGCGAAUCGAGAGCCUAGGGGUGGUUUCUAAAUACAUAAUGUGAUUUUCUUAUGACGUAUCAGUAAUUUUAGAAACAACAUUUUUUUUCUUGUAACUUUCAUUUCUAAGUAAAAAUUGUAUGGAUUUUCUGAAUGAAUUCUCAAAUUUUAAUUUAAAAUGUCGCUAUUCGAUUUAUCGAUUACAAAAUGGCAGCGUUUUCAAGGCGUCAUCCCUCAGUAAAAAGCGUCCACAAAGUUCGCCUUGAGAAUAUUGUCGAAGUUUUCAGGUUACCUGUUGUCGACGCGACUUCUUAUUCCGAAUAAGUAUUUUAGUUUUUGUGGUUAGAGCAAUUGGCAUUUUCCACAAAGGAUUUUUGAAGGAUUGUUAGAGUCUUUUGAUGCAUGCAACCCUAGAAGUUUAGGGUGAAUUGUUGUCUUUCUAGGAAACCUCUGAAUUAAUUAUUCUACGAGA